GGCAGCCGGCCCCCUCCCUGCCGCCGGGCGGGCGGGCGGCUGGGAGCGCACGGAGGCAGCCGAAGGACAGCCCGCCGGAGCCCGUCCCGACAAAAUGUGAAAGCAUUUGCAUCUUCAGAUAGCCUAGCCAAGGUCCAAGAAGUAGCAAGCUGGCUUUUGGAAAUGAAUCAGGAACUGCUCUCUGUGGGCAGCAAGAGGCGGCGAACUGGUGGAUCUCUUCGAGCUAAUGCUUCCUCAAGCCAAGUAGAUGAGGAGCAGAUGAAUCGGGUUGUAGAAGAGGAGGAGCAGCAGCAAAGACAACAACAGGAGGAGCAGCACAUUGGGAGGAACGGAGAGAUAAGAGGAGAAGAACCUGGGUUUGAUGACAGACGUGAAUCCCAGCAAGAACAGUUAGAAGAAAAUAACAAUAGACUUAUUACAGUGGAUGAAGAAUCCACUUGUAACCAAGAGGAAGAUGAUGAUGAACAUGCUGGUGAUCAAGAGGAAGAGGUGGAAGAGGAGGAGGAAAUGGACCAGGAGAGCGAUGAUUUUGAUCAGUCUGAUGACAGCAGUAGAGAAGAUGAACAUGCUAACAGUAACAGUGUUACUAAUUCCAGUAGCCUCGUAGACUUGCCUAUUCAUCAGUCAUCGCCAUUCUAUGUAAAGACAAAGAUGAAGAGAAAGUUGGACCAUGGCUCCGAGGUCCGUUCUUUCUCUCUGGGGAAGAAACCCUGCAAAGUCUCAGAAUACACAAGUACCACAGGGCUGGUGCCAUGCUCUGCCACACCGACCACUUUUGGGGACCUGAGGGCAGCCAACGGCCAGGGGCAGCAGCGCCGCCGCAUUACAUCUGUACAGCCACCCACGGGCCUUCAGGAAUGGCUGAAAAUGUUUCAGAGCUGGAGUGGACCAGAGAAAUUACUUGCUUUAGAUGAACUCAUUGACAGUUGUGAACCAACACAAGUGAAACACAUGAUGCAAGUGAUAGAACCCCAGUUUCAAAGAGACUUCAUUUCCUUGCUCCCAAAAGAGCUGGCGCUGUACGUGCUGUCAUUCCUGGAACCCAGGGACCUUCUGCAGGCAGCUCAGACGUGCCGUUAUUGGAGGAUUCUGGCUGAAGAUAAUCUUCUCUGGAGAGAGAAAUGCAAAGAGGAAGGGAUUGACGAACCAUUACAUAUCAAAAGGAGGAAAGUAAUUAAACCAGGCUUUAUACACAGUCCGUGGAAGAGCGCGUACAUUCGACAACACAGAAUUGAUACCAACUGGCGGCGAGGAGAACUUAAAUCGCCUAAGGUGCUCAAAGGCCAUGACGAUCACGUGAUCACAUGCCUGCAGUUCUGCGGGAACCGGAUAGUGAGCGGCUCUGAUGACAAUACACUGAAGGUGUGGUCAGCAGUUACCGGCAAGUGCUUGAGAACAUUAGUUGGACAUACAGGUGGAGUCUGGUCAUCACAGAUGAGGGACAACAUCAUCAUCAGUGGAUCUACAGACCGGACUUUGAAAGUCUGGAAUGCUGAGACUGGCGAAUGCAUACAUACUUUGUAUGGACACACCUCCACGGUGCGCUGCAUGCAUCUGCACGAGAAGAGAGUGGUCAGUGGUUCUCGAGAUGCUACACUGAGAGUUUGGGACAUAGAGACGGGCCAGUGUUUACAUGUUCUGAUGGGCCACGUAGCUGCAGUUCGAUGCGUUCAGUAUGAUGGCAGAAGGGUUGUAAGUGGUGCAUAUGACUUUAUGGUCAAAGUGUGGGAUCCAGAGACCGAGACCUGUCUGCACACGCUGCAAGGGCAUACCAACAGAGUCUAUUCAUUACAGUUUGAUGGUAUCCAUGUGGUGAGCGGAUCUCUUGACACCUCCAUCCGAGUUUGGGAUGUGGAGACAGGAAACUGCAUUCACACACUCACAGGCCACCAGUCUUUGACGAGUGGAAUGGAACUUAAGGACAAUAUACUCGUGUCUGGAAAUGCUGAUUCUACAGUCAAAAUCUGGGACAUUAAAACAGGACAAUGUUUACAGACAUUGCAAGGUCCCAACAAACAUCAGAGCGCUGUGACCUGUUUACAAUUCAACAAGAACUUUGUAAUUACCAGCUCAGAUGAUGGGACUGUAAAACUUUGGGACUUGAAAACGGGUGAAUUUAUCCGAAAUCUAGUUACAUUGGAGAGCGGGGGAAGCGGAGGCGUCGUGUGGCGGAUCAGAGCUUCCAACACAAAGCUGGUGUGCGCCGUUGGGAGCCGGAACGGGACUGAGGAAACAAAGCUGCUGGUGUUGGACUUUGACGUGGAUAUGAAGUGAAGGGCAGAAAGAUGAAUUUAUCCAAACCUGUAGACGAUGUUCUCCUUUCCCUCCCCUUGGAAAAAAAAAAAAAAAGGAAAAAAAAAAAAAAAAAAAGAAAAGAAAAAAAAGAAAAAAAAAAGAAAAAGGAAAAAAAAUCCCUUGUCCUUGGUGGUGCAGGAUGUUGGCUUGGGGCAACAGAUCCUAAAGACCUACAGACUACGAAGGAGAAGACAACGAUAACAAACUCUAACUGACAAGAGAGGCAUUUGCUGUCUCGUCACAUAAAAUGGCAACACCUUCGACCGGGGCAGCUUUGCAAGAACACAACUUCUGAAAUGAAACCAGGUGCAAUUAUUUCUUUACUUUCCUCCAGCUGCUUCUACGAGCAAUUUGGAGGUUAAAAAAAAAAAAAAGUUACAGUUCUUGUUACCAGGUUAUUUUAGUACAGAGAUCCUUAAGGAAGCUGCACAAGCACGCCUGCUGGUACCCCUGGCCGUCAGCAAGGCGCUCUCCCGGCCCCGCUCUGAGCAGGGUCCCUCCCAGCCUCCGUGAGCGGCCGCCAGCUGACUUCAAAAACCAGAGAGCUUCUGCAAUGAAACCAACUGCAAAACAAAGAGAGUCCAUUCCUGGUGUGGAAAAGCUAAAAUAGUACUGUGAAUUGUUUUGUGCAGUUUUAUCAGAGCUUUUUCUUUUUUUUUCUUUUCUUCCUUUUUUUGCCAACCAUUGCCAACGUCAAUCACAGUAUUAGCCUCUGUUUAAUCUACUUACCGUUGCUUCCAUCUACACUCUUCAAUGCAUAAGUUGCUCUGAGGUGGCAAGUUGUCCUGGGUUCUGAGAGUCCUCUGAUGGAUUUAAUUCGCAACGCUGGUGCUAGAAGUAGGUCUUCAAUUACGGGAUUGUUUUCCCACCCCUGUACUGUAUUCCCAGUGGCCAAACUUAUUUAUGCUGCUAAAUGAAAGAAAGAAAAAGCAAAUUAUUUUUUGUUAUUUUUUUUUCUGCUGUGACGUUUUAGUCCCAGACUGAAUUCCAAAUUUGCUCUAGUUUGGUUACAGAAAAAGACUUUUUGCCACUGAAACUUGAGCCAACUGUGCCUCUAAGAGGCUGAGAGUGGAAGAGUUUCAGACAAUUAAAGAGUGAAGUUUGCCUGCAAAUAAAGAAUUGAGUGUGUGUGCAAAGCUUAUUUUCUUUUUUUCUGGGCAAAAAUUAAAACACAUUCCUUAGAACAAAGCUAUUGCAGCCUGUUCUGUGGGGAAAUUUUUUCUUUGUGAGGGCUGUGGUGAAUGGAAUGAACAUUAAAAAAAUUUUAAAAAGUUGACAAAAUUUUUAAAAAAGAUUAUAAAAUACAAAAAUGAAAGUAAACUUGCUGGUCAGUCUUAGUGUUUUACAGUAUUUGAGAAAAAAAAAAAACAACUGUUACAGUUAUUGCUGGGAGGAACUGACAGAGCAAAAACUUAGGUUUUUGUAAAGAUGUCACAUGCAAACAAAAUGAGAAAUGAAAGAGUCAAACAGUUUGCCUCAUUCUCCAAGAGCCACAACUCAAGCUGAACUGUGAAAGUGGUUUAACACUGUAUCCUAGGCGAUCUUUUCUCCUCCUUUUGUUUUGUUUUGUUUUGUUUUAUUUAUAGUCUGAUUUAAAACAAUCAGAUUCCAGUUGGUUAAUUUUAGUUAUGUAACAACCUGACAAGAUGGAGGAAAACAACGUUUAAAGGGACUGUGUCUAUGGUUUGAUUCACUUAGAAAUUUUAUUUUCUUAUAACUUAAGUGCAAUAAAAUGUGUUUUUUCAUGUUA